ACCAAAAUAGUGGAUGAAAAGAAAAAUGUGAACGAACAAGAAUUUAACUUCGAAAAAGCUCGUCUGGAAGUGCACAAGUUUGGAAUCACUGGCUACAAGAAGCAGGAACAACGCGUCUGGGAACAGGAGCGUGCUAUCAUGCUGGGAGCCAAGCCCCCCAAAAAGGAACAUGUGAGCUACAAGACUUACCAAGAAAAAAUGAAAGAGAAAAAAACAGCAAAGGAUGAUGACAAGGGAAAGGAACAUAAAGGUGAUUCUCUUAAGAAGAAGAAGAAAGAAAAAAAGGAGAGGAAGGCCAAAAGGAAGAAAUCAGUGCCUAGCAUUUGGCCUGCCGGACAAGUUGGAAAAUUCAGAGAUGGGACCUUGAUUCUGCAAAGCUAUGACAUAAAGAAAAUUAAAUCAUCUAAAGUUAUCAAAUGA